CCUUGUUGUCCGCCGCGCCCCGCCCACCUCGCGCGCGCGGGCGGCGGAAGUUCCGGCGGCGCGGACGAGAGAGAGGACUGGAGCCUGGCUGAGUCGCUCUCAGUCAGAAGAGAAGCCGGUUGGGAACGGAUCGAAGGGAGGAAGGAGGCGUGAAUUGUUGAAGCCUUUAUUGGUGUAUGUGCGGUAACAACAUGUCUGUCCCCCUCCUCGCUGAUGCCGUGACCGUUUCAGGGGCAGAGCGGGAGACUGCAGCGGUCAUUUUUUUACAUGGGCUUGGAGACACAGGGCACAGCUGGGCUGAGGCCCUGUCCUCCAUCCGGCUUCCUUAUGUAAAAUACAUCUGCCCUCAUGCGCCUAGGAUCCCUGUCACCCUCAACAUGAAGAUGGUCAUGCCAUCCUGGUUUGAUUUGAUGGGCCUGAGUCCAGAUGCACCCGAGGAUGAAACUGGAAUUAAAAAAGCUGCUGACAACAUUAAAGCAGUCAUCGAGCAUGAGAUAAAGAAUGGAAUUCCAGCUAACCGUAUCAUCUUGGGAGGCUUUUCACAGGGUGGUGCACUCUCCCUCUACACAGCGCUCACUUGCCAACACCAACUGGCUGGCAUUGUGGCCCUCAGCUGCUGGCUUCCUCUGCACAAGACCUUCCCUCAGGCUGCAAGUAACAGCAUGAACAAAGACAUCCCCAUUCUGCAGUGCCACGGGGAGAUGGACCCCAUGAUCCCAGUACGCUUCGGAGCCCUGACUGCUGAGAAGCUGAAGUGUGUUGUGAAUCCCAGUAGGAUCCAGUUCAGAACCUAUCCAGGAGUGAUGCACAGCUCCUGCCCUCAGGAAAUGAUGGCUGUGAAAGAAUUCAUCGAGAAACUGCUACCCAGGAUUUAAAUAGAACUCCUCAAGACUGUUACAGGGAGAGGAGAUGGAGGUUUCCACCUAUGACCUUUCACCCUUGACCUGAUGGCUGCAGUUGGAAGCCAUAGCAAUCCACCACCAGGCAAUCCACCUCCACUCAGCUGGUUUCCUAUCUCUGGCCUUCCCUCUUCCUCUUGCACUGUGCCCCUCUUGUGCAAAGUGUUGGGGGCAUGCUCCCUUCUCUACAUGGAACAGUGGUACAGAGCAAUUUUAAGGUACAGCUGAGAUCCCAAACAUGGCUGCCUCCAUGCAAAUUAGUAUUUCUGGUCAUCUUAUUUCAGAGUUUUUCUGCUGUCUCCUCUGCCAUUCUCUCCCCUUCUCCACCUUCCCCCUAAAAUGGUUGCUGUGGAAAUGAGCUGGGUGGUAGCCAAAGAUAUUUAGGAGAAUGUCUUCUGUGCUGUUACAGUAUUGGCAGGGAGUACCUCUGCAGUAGCUGAACUCCCUAAUGGGCUUGCCAUUCUACCCACCAACCAUUAACCCCCCCCUCCAGUACCAUGCCUCCCUCCUGUGACCCAGCACCUGUGCCAGCCUGUAUCCCAGUGUGGAACCAUCUUGGAGGCAGCCAGUGAGGCUGGGGAGGCAAGGAACCAUCUCCCAGCCCACCCGGACAUCCAUUCCACUGAGACCUGUAAAUUAAUCCUGUUCUGAAAUCUCAUCAGCCUGCCAGACCAAGGGGUUUGUAUUUGGCAGAGGGGGUGGUGGUGGGGGGGCAACCUGGUCAAUGUCCAACCUCCAAACCCAUCCUGGGACAGCUUAUUCCCUGGCCAGUCAGCCUCCGGCACUGAUCACCAUAUGCACACCUUGCAGGUUCUGCUGGAGUUCUGCUGUUAGUUGGGGUACUGGUGUGGUGGAGGCCCUCCCCAAUCACCUUACUAGGAAUUAAUGCAAUGUUGUGUGUGGUUUGUGUGUAUUUUUUUAAACAACCUGUUUGUUUCUUUUACGAUCCUUUCUGCUGCCCUUGUGUUCAGUCCAGUAGGUCCAUCUUGUUUUGUGACUAGGCAGGUAGAGCCUGAGUCUGAAGGAGGUCAGCACUCAGCCAGUCUUCUGAAGCUUACAGCUCUCAGACACAGCCUCACUGCGUGGCCAGUGGUUCCUCCAGCACUGUUCCUGGUGCUGUUUGGAUAGCAUAUACAUCUCAACCAGAGCCCCUCUUUGUGCUCAUUUCUGAUCCAUAUCAGGUGGCUUUGCCCCCAUGCUUUGUGUGUGUGAGCACAGGAUGUCUUAGAGCACUUUCCCAUCUGCUCAAAGAAGCUGCCAGGCAUGGCUCUUCUUCUUAGCCCUGGUGGCUGGCACCUUUGUGAGCCAGUUUCCCAGGUACUCCCACCUGUCUUUUUUGCUGCAAGGCUGCUCCUUUUGCCAGGAGUCAGGUUUUCAUCCUCAUUUCUAGCAGUGGGGUUUGCUGUUGAAUAGCAAAUGUGUUCUUAAACAUCCCCCCAUGUCAGUGUCCUGUGUGGGCUGAUACCUCAGCCAGGGACCAAAGUGAUCUUCUAAGGGUUCUGUUUUCCAUUUUCCUUCCAGUGGAUGACUUCUGUUGCCUCCCAUGUUCCCCUAGCAUCUUGUUCAUUGUGUAGAUUCAAACAGCUUGCUUCAUGCCCUCUACUGUUGCAAGUAGCAAGAGGAGUGUCCCAAACCAACCUCCUCUCAGUUCCCCAUGUUAUCUCUUCUGGCAGAUGGGUGAUUGUGGCCCUCUGGGUGUUGCUAUAUUGCAGCUCCCAUCAUCCUUCACUAUUUGUUGUGCUGGCUAGGGCAGAUGGGAGCUGCAGUCCAGCAACGUCUAGAAAGCUGCUGUUUCCAGGAUGUAGCUGAGACCCAGAAAAUGGGGUUAGGACCAGAUCCUGAUGGAAGUAGGGGUUGCCCUCUCAUCUGUCACCCUUAUGCUGCUUUCUGCACCUUGUGUGGACCCCAUUUGGCGUGUAGCUCAGUGCCGGACUGCUCACCCCUUGUGCAGCUCUUGCACCUGACUGCGCUGCUUUGUUCUGCCAUGCCUGCUACUCCUGGCUGAAGCUAAACUUAAUAGGACAAUUUGGCUGUAACCAAGCUUGACUCUUAUGCAAAGUGAAGACCUCCAGUUUAUAUUCACUUUCUCUUGGGCCAGAGAGAAGCCACCCCUCUUUGUCCGCUUCUCUAGUUACCAGCUGCUGAGUCGUCCUGCUGGAUGCAGGAACUUCACCAGUCUAAUCCCUGUUAGGGCCACAUAUCUGUUUUAAGGAGAGAGGUGCUCACAUUCACACCUGGAGAGGGGAAAGUGAUUGGGGGAAGGAACAGGGCAUAGUGUUCACUGGGGCCUCUUUGUUAUCAUCAUUGUAGAAGAGGAUAGCAAUAAUCCUUUCAUUAACUUAAAUUCAUGGGAUUCUUUCUAAAGGAGCAGCCUUGACAGUGAAGAUGCCUCUCACUUGCUCCUGGGAGGAUCUGAAUUCUCUCUCUUACCUCUGCACAUAGACAUGGCAGUAGGCAGAAGAUGGCAGGCCUGGUCUUACUCAAGGAAAGAAGCAGUAAAAUCCUGAGAUGCUCCAAUCAGUUGUACCACAUAUUGAUGUCACUAUGUGCAUGUGUGAUUUUUGAAUACUCCCCUGUAUUUAACAACAACAAAAUCUUUGCAAGUAGGACUAUCCACACAAUGAGUUUCUAGCCCACCCCUCCUCUCUGCUAGCUUUCUACUUAUGAGGGGAGGGGUGCAUUCUUCUUUUUGUUUUGUUUAAAUAUUUUGGCAUAUAGUCAGAAAUGGUACACCCCAUUUGCCUACAUCCCUUCUACCACAUCUGUAGGCCAGGCCUCUGCUUCCUCAUGAAAGUGAAGAUGGGUUAGGCAGGCAUGUGGGGCUGGCCUCCUGGAUAGAUCUGGCUGGCUCCUUUGUAUGCCCUCUUCUUAAAAGUCUAUGGAUUAAGACUAUGAACUGGACUGUCCUGCAUAGCAGUUUACACAGAUAUCCUGCUCUCUGUUCAUCGCUGCUCCUAACGCCGCCACUUUCAUCUUGGCUGGACCUUUUCCAAAGCAAUUAUCCAAAUCCCUGGCACGUCACAGGUUUCUCUGCAGCGAAUGUGUCAAGAAUGUGGAAGCCCAAGGAAGAUGGUGGCUUCCCCUUGUUCCUACACAUGCCCCUGUGUCUUUCCCUGCCCCCUUUCUUUUUGUCUUCCUCAUAUGUCAUUUUUAUUUUUUGUGUUCCACUGACAUUAAAACAAACACAACCAUCAGAGUCUCGCUUGGUUGGUUGGUUUGCUGUAGUUGACGCAGGCUGGUUUCUCCUGCAGUUUGGUGUGCGAGGCUCUCGUGUAGAAACAAAGAGCAAACUUGUGCGAAAAGCAACGGUUUUUCUCCUACAGGAUAGGGGAGGGAAGAGCAUCCCUUCCAUUGCUACCUUUGCACUAAAGGUAUAAGAUGGGAUUUGAAUAGGGAGAGUCCCAACCAAGGAAUGUGAAUAAACAUAAAUUUGACAGGUUG